UCCUGACAACCUGCCUCUGCCAGGGCAAGUGUGUCGUCCGCUCUAAGCUACCAGGCCCCACCAGGAGCCCCAGGGCCCAGUAGGGUCCCAUCCUUCAGAGUAGCUGCAUCAGAGUAGCCUAGGAAGCACUGAGAUCCAGUCAAGGAAGCCAUGGAGGGAGCUGGUCAGCGAGAGCAGGAGACCCCCAGCCUCCGUCUGGAAAAGCUACAGCACUGGGCAAGGCACAGGCAGAGUGGGCACCUCUUGGUGCUGGCGGUGAGUCAGCUAUGGUUGGCAAUAGCUGUGGUGCCCUUUGCUGUCUCAGUUGCCUGUCUGAACUCUGCUUGUCACAUGGCUACAGCACUGCCCCUUGGGCCUGGAGCCUCGGGUUUCCUCACUGGAAUUGUCACCCUUGAGCUGCGCAGAGCGCCCCGCCUCUGGAAGGCACGGGAGAUGAUGAUCUUCAACACCUUCAACCUGAUCUUGGGUGUCAUCGUGAUGGUGAUCGAGGUGAUGAAGACAGCCUUGGGGUCUGCCCCAACUGCCCCCUCCCAGCUGGAUGGCUUGCUGGUGCUGGAACUCAGUGCUGAGGCCUUCACCCUAGGGGGAGUGCUCAUCUCAGCAGAUGCCCUAUACCUGCUGAGCCAGAGAAAGCCCGGAUGCUGCAGGAACCAGAGUCUACUCUACCAGGAGCUGCAGGAGGGCCUCUCUGAGUUGGAGGAGGUUCCUGGCUUGGAGAACAGUCCCACGGUGGCUAGCACAGCAGUUGGAACAAAUGAGUGAGCUGGCAAGGAAAGCAGAUGGGAGCUACUCUCCUUCUACCCUGCAAUAGCGUUGUCCAGACUCUCCAGCUCCCCUUCUCGCCGAGCUCAGAAGGUAGAUGGACUCCCGAGAGACCUACAUGAAGCUGGGCGUAGUGCCUUCAAUUUUCCCUCAUAACAGGUCCCUUUCUCUUCCCUUCCCCGCUACGGGUAGUUAUUUCUGGACCAGAGUCCUCCCCCACCUCACCGCCCCGCAAAGUUGCCCAGCCUGCAGGACUUCUUUAAAAUAUCCUUGAGCUAUACUCACUUCCUUGUUUGCAUCCUCACCCUCGUUCCGCACCACCUCCCCGCACGAUUUCACAUCUGCCUCAUCUCACUAUCUUGGGUGCACUUCUCACAAACCCAUCCAACUCCGAUCCCCGGUUCCUGCAUACGUCAACUCUCUGACUUCAACUUCUGGGUGCUUCAGUUCCUCCCCUCGAUCUGGUUCCUUUCUAUUCUAGAGGAGACUACAAGUCCCAGGAUGCCCCGCUAUCCCGUGACCUGCUGGGAAAUAA